AUGCUCGGCCUGUCCGUGUCGUCGGCCGCGACCGCGACUAGCCCCCAUCGCCGGUUCUCGCCCUCGCUGUACCCUCCGCCGGCGCCGUCGCCGUCGCCCGGCCGCCUCGCCGGCUCCGGCUCAGGAUCGGCGGCGUCGCGCUUCGGGCAGAUCCCGCCGUCGACGCCGCGUGGCCGCCAACGCAGGACGCGCGCGCUGCCGACGCCCUUCCUCUCCGAGCUCGCGUCGAUCCGGAGGAUGAGCGCCAGCCUCUUCGGCGAUCUGGACGCGCGCCCGACCAACCACCGCGGCGCGACGCGGCAGGCACUCCACGCCCAGCAGCAGGCGUGGCCGUCGCCGGUGCCGACCAUGUCCCUCGACUCCGGCCUUCGUGCACCUCCACCGAGCGGGACCUUCUCCCAGGUCCCGCCGCCAGUGUCGCGGCGACCGCAGCCACCGCCGCCGUCUCCAGGUGUGCCGCCUCUUUCCGGCAAUCGCUUCGCGGGGUUCCCGGCGUCUGCGUUCUGGUCGCAGCGACGGCAGGUGCAGUCUUCGUCGUCUGGUGUUCCGCCUCUGGUUUCGCAGCAACAGAAGACGACCUACCAGCCGUCGUCGUCCACCGAUCUGGCGCCACUGCCCAGUGGCAGUGGCAUCUUCCCCGGCCUCGCUCCGCCGCCGGCAUCCAGCAAGUCUUCCUUCACCGACCUGAUGCCUCUGCCAGGCGACGAGCUGACUACCAUGUUCGGUUCAUCAUCGUUGUCGUCAUCGGCUCACCUGGAAAUGCAAUCACAGGAUCAGACGCCGUUCUGGCAGUGGCCAUCAGACUCGGAGCUGCACCCAUCUCCGCCAAGUCUGGAAAUGCAAUCACAGGAUCAGAGGUACUCUGAAUUUGAGGCGCCGAUACUUGAUGUAGCAGUAGCACCUGCACCUGGGUUUCAGAUCAAGGAGGAGCCCAUGGACGACGCCCCAUGCAUUGAGCGCCAGCCCGAGCUCAUUUCACUUGAUGACGACGAAGAUGACGGGCUCAAUGCUCUUCUGCAAUCGUUCCAGUCGUCAAGUGAUCUAGAUAGCAACUGGAUGCAGCUAGGAGGUUGCAGCGGCAGCAGGCCGAGAGAGAUGGGCGCCUUCGAUGGUAGUGGCCAAUCUUGGGAGGCCACCAUGAUGCUGACACCGGCCUACGACAAUGUGAGCAUCGCCAAUCCAAACCUACAAUUUCCACUGCUGCCGUCCUCCACAGACACGCCAGAGCUGAACAGCAGCGAUGGCCCUAGCGUCUGGAGCACCGCUGACACCAGUGGAGAAGGCUGGGCCGGGAUGCCUGCAUUGGCCGGCAUGUUCGACCAGAUGAGCAUUGGUGAAGGGACCUUGAGCAUUGGCCAAGGCUGGCCGGCGGCGCCUGCGGCAGGUGGCCAAUACUGUAUGUUUGAUGACAAUAGUGGCAGCAGUGCCUGGCCGGCGAUUCCUUCGUGUGCCACCAGCAUGCUCGACCAGGUGACCAUUGGUGGAGGAAGCAUGAGUGGCAUGGGCCAAGGCUGGCCGGAGACACCAGCGGCAGCUGACGAUGCCGGUGUGUGCGUGUUUGACAACAGUGGCAGCAGCACCAAUCCCUGGCCGGAGAUGCCUUCCUUUGCCACCAGCAUGCUCGACCAGGUGACCAUUGGUGGAGGAAGCAUGGGCCAAGGCUGGCCGGAGACGCCGGCGCCAGCGGCAGCGGCAGCUAGCAACUACGCUAUGUUUGACAUUGACAUCACUGCUGGUGGCAGCAGCAGCAGCAGCAGCGGUGCCUGGGCAAGCAAGCCCUGGAACAUUAGCAGCUCGUCUAUGGAGAACUCCACCCCAGUGCCAAAGCUGAUACUCGGGGGCAUGGAGAAACCCAGGUUGCCACGACAGCUACCAUCUCGUGCAGCUGUUGCUAGCAGCAGCAUGUCGCGUAGGGGCACCUAUGGGGACUUGUUCUCUGUGGCCGAGAUGGAGAUGAUCAAUAAGGAUAAGCGCCUCAAGGAGAUCGUGAACACAGAUCCUAAGAGGGUUAAGAGGUAUGAAUAUCUAUGA